AUGAUGAAACGUGGAUAUAUAUUUCAAAAACCGACGCAUGAUGAUGAAGAUGACUAUCAUAGAGCAAGUCGAAUUGUUCACGCAAAACCGAUCGAUGAACGUCUCAAACAAAAAUUGGGACAAUAUGGCAGUGGAAAAGAUUUUGUUAUGGGCAACGAAAAAUCUCAGCAAGAACUCGUAAUUGGUGGUGAGAAUUUGUUUAUUUCUAACUUUGCGUUGUUCUAUGCGUCUUCUCAAAUUGAUGUUGGCCAUUGAGCGUCAUCCUCGAAAGUGCUUUCAAAAGAUGAACAUAAUAAAAUCAGUGCUAAAAUUCUCAAGGCUGAAAUGAAGGGCAAUAAGGAAUUGGCUGAUAAAUUAAGAAGGAAAUUAGCAGGAUUGAAUGAAGAUGAAAGUAACCAAUCAUCAUCUCAUAACGACAGUGAUAAUGAAAAGGUGCAGUUGCUAUUGAAAACUGAUAAAAGAAGUGGACUUACAAUGCCGUUGUCAUCAGCAGGACCAUCCGGACUACCGAAACACCAACAAAAACCAUCAAAAACAUCUGAUGGAAAGUAUAACCUGGGAAGUGUUGAUGCGGAAUAUCGAUCGCAAAUGAGUAUUCAUGAAAUGGCAAACGAAGAACGAAUCACUUCUGCACGAGAACAACUUUCAAUGUUCAAUCGUGCCACUAAGGCAACGGUAGAACGAAAAACGGAUGAUGACUGGGUUGUUGACGAUGCGAUUAUGAGUCAUAAACGGAAAAUGAAGUAUGAUGAGCGUGAUGAAAGAAAAAAAAGAAAUAAGGCUAUUCAAGAUAUAAUACUAACCGAAAAAUAUGUAAUGUGCUUCGAUAUACCAGUCAAGCAAGCAUUAUGA